CCUGCACGCGAGUGCGCGUUGGAAGCGCGCGCGUGUCCCUGUUUCCGUAUUCAACUCAAAGCGAAAGCGAGCGCGCUCACGGUAUAUAAGUCAGGGAGCGUGGCUUUUCUCCUCACACACACACACACACACACCGAGAGCAACAUCUGAGGAGGAACAGAUUUCUGAGUCUGACAGCUUUUCUCUGUGUACAAUGGGUCUGAUCUUCUCCUCCAUCUUCUCCCGCUUUAUCAAUAAGAAGCAGAUGAGGCUACUGAUGGUUGGUCUGGAUGCAGCCGGAAAGACGACCGUCCUGUACAAACUCAAACUGGGGGAAAUCGUCACAACCAUUCCUACUGUUGGCUUUAACGUCGAGACGGUCGAGUACAAGAACAUUUCGUUCACUGUGUGGGACGUAGGAGGUCAGACUGUCAUUAGACCGCUCUGGAGACACUACUAUCAGAACACUAUGGGCAUCAUUUUUGUGGUGGACAGCAGCGACCGUGAGCGCAUCCAGGAGGCUUCUAUGGAGCUGCAGAUGAUGCUUGAGGACGAUGAACUGAGGGACGCCACUGUGUUGGUUCUUGCAAACAAACAGGAUUUGCCGAACGCAAUGCCGGUCCACGAGAUGACAGAGAAAUUAAGGUUACAUUCACUAAAGGGACGGCCUUGGUACGUCCAGUCCACUUGUGCGAUAAAUGGAUCCGGAUUAUAUGAAGGACUCGACUGGCUUUCAAACCAACUCUCCAAAUUAUAAAAUUAUAAGAAAAAAUAAAUGUACUCUCCAAAUAAAAAAAAUAUAAAAUUCAUUGCACUAAAUAAAUGUAUAUGGAAGUAUACUGUACUGAUGUGCCAAUAAAUAAUAUGUAAUUUAUUUAAUAUAUAAUACUAUAAUUUUUAUUGUAGCUAUUUUAUUGUAGAGCCUUUCUUUAUCUUGUAUCUCGCAAUAUUUUAUAUUUAUUUAAUAUAUGUUAUAUUCUUAGUUCCUGGGAUUUUGCUUUACAAAUGGCUGAAAAUUUACA